GACACACUUUCUUCAAAGAAAAUGGCCUCCCUUUCCAGAUCGGGAGGUUGAGACUGUGUUUAAUUAAAUUACGUCACAUAUAUUAAAUUAAAACACAAUGGAUCAGAAAAUUCCUUGGAUAGACCAGGUUAACGAGGAUAAUUACAACCAUAUAAAGACAUGGUCUAAAGAAUAUCUGAUUUACUUCACAUCAUCAUGCCUAUGAACCGGUGUGUUCUACGAGUGGAUCCGAUUUAUUAUGUGAAGCGAAUGUGUAGCAGUUUAUCAUUAUUUUAAUGCUAAAAUAAAAUACCGUCACGAGGUAGAGGAAAUUUAUUUACAUAGAAUAUUGUGCACAUAAAAGCCAUCCAAAAUGAUGUGCGACGUGAUGCCCACCAUCUCUGAAGAUGGUUCAAACGAUAGAGAGUCCCAAGGUUCAGGGGAUGAUUCUAAUUUUGAACAAUUGAUGGUAAACAUGUUGGAUGAAAGGGAUAAGUUGAUGGAAAGUCUGCGAGAGAAACAGGAAGCAUUGGAAUUAACAGAGGCGAAACUUUUAGAAUCAAAUAAAGAUAGAGAAAUUAUGCAAAAACAACUGCAGCAAACAACACCACAGGAACUAGCCACAGUAACCAAAGAGUUAAAUCAAGUUAGAGAACAGUUACUAGAAAGAGAGGAGGAGAUAUCAGAACUCAAGGCAGAAAGAAAUAAUACCAGAUUGCUUUUAGAACACCUUGAGUGCCUGGUUUCUAGACACGAAAGAUCUCUCAGGAUGACAGUGGUCAAGCGUCAGGCAUCUUCCCCUGCUGGUGUCUCUAGCGAGGUUGAGGUGCUCAAGGCUCUCAAGUCUCUCUUUGAACAUCAUAAAGCUCUAGAUGAGAAAGUACGAGAACGUCUGCGUGUGGCCUUAGAAAGAGUUGCACAAUUAGAGGAAGAAUUAGCAAGUGCCAAUCAAGAGUUGUUCACAUUCCGAGAACAGGCGACUAAAUCUCGCCAUUCUAGCGGCAGCGCGGAGGACAUCAAAUCCAACCGCACUGACUCCACGAGUCAGGGAGAUGCUGACUCACGCGAGUCUUCCACAACCACAUCAGGCCUUCCCAAGAGAUUAUCGAAUGGCUCCAUUGAGCCAGAUUCAGAGAUGGGUAGAGUGUUAGAUCUUCAAGAAACUGUAGAGAAACAGAACACAGAGCUGACUGCUGCCAGGACACGCAUCCUAGAGUUAAACAACAAGCUGACUGAGCUGGAUGAGAACUACACUACAUCCCAGAAGGAGCUGGUCAAAGCUCAGGAGGCUGUCAAUAAGCUGCAGAGAGAUCUGAGAGAGUCCCAAGCACAGAAAGAAGAUCAGGAAGAAAGAAUAGCUACACUAGAGAAGCGUUACCUCAAUGCUCAACGUGAGUCUACCUCUGUACACGACCUCAAUGACAAACUGGAAGCUGAAGUACAAACUAAAGAAGCAAGUUUACGAAGUGCUGAAGAAAAAAUGCGCAGUUUGCAAGAAAAGGUGGAUCAUUUAGAACAGAAACUGGCUCAAUCUCUGAAGAAAGUGGAGGCUAUGCCUUCUAUAGAAGCUGAGUUGCAGCAGAGAUUAGAGGCACUAAGUCAGGCAGAAGAACAGCAUGGCUCUACAGCAGAGAGGAUCAUGUCUUUAGAGCAAGGACUACAUGAUAAGGAAACUGAGCUCAUGAGGUCGCGGCAGAGGGAGAAGAUGAAUGAAGAACACAAUGUGAGGCUGUCAGCCACAGUGGACCGGCUCCUCACUGAGUCUAAUGAACGUUUACAGCUUCAUCUCAAGGAAAGAAUGGCGGCUCUAGAAGAAAAAAAUCAGUUAACUGCAGACUUACAGAGAAUCACAAAGAUUUUAGAUGAUACACAACAAGAAAAAGAAAGAAUAAACGAUGAUUUACUUAGAUAUAGAAAAGAAGUAGAAACAUUAAGGAUGCAAAUGGAACAGCUAAUGAGGGCUGGUUAUGCAUUUGAAGAUAAUGUGUCACGGCGACAUCAUAGAGGAAGGGAACAGGCUAUGAUUGAAGAUCCUACUAAAGUGAAUACACUGAAUGAACAAGAAUGGGAGAAACUGCAACAAGCCCAUGUUUUAGCUAACGUAGCUCACGCCUUUGAUACCAGUGAUACAGAGGGAACAGAUGACAGUGAGUCUUUGUUUGGUGGAGUGGACCUGCUCUCUCCAUCAGGUCACACAGGUGCCCAGACAUUAGCGAUUAUGCUGCAGGAGCAGUUGGAUGCCAUUAACAAUGAGAUCAGAUUAAUUCAAGAGGAGAAAGAAAGCACAGAACAGAGGGCGGAUGAACUGGAAAUUCGGGUAGGCAGCGGUAGUUUGGAUACUUUACCAGGGCGGUGGCGGGGCUAUGAGCGCUCAGCAUCUCCACCUGCCAGUGGACGCUCCACCCCUACCCACCCACGUUCCUCAUAUCAGUCGAGGGAUUCUUUACAGAAGUACCACACUGCACCUGCUGGCAUGACAGCCCAAAUGUACACUUACUCCUCAUCCAGUCCUCAGCUGGCCACAGCUGCUGAUUCUAGUCCCUCUGGUCAACAGCAAUACAGCCGUGAUGAUAGCUCUAUUAACUGUAAGGAAGAAUCUCGUCAAAUCAAAUGUGAGUCUAGUCCUCCAACCCCUCGUGCUCUUAGAUUAGAACGUGUUGCUGCAGCACUAGCCAAAAGCCCAGAAGAAAGCAUUAGCAGUCGAUUACAAGACAUCAGCAUUGGAUCAUCUAAUAGUCCACUAGGCAGCUUGACCAGCAGUCAAGAUUCAUUACAUAAACAGCAUCAACAUCCUACAUCUAAGAAGAAAGGCCUCAAGAGUUCACUAGGCAGAUUCUUUUCAUCAAAGAAAGAAAAACAUAAACCAAAAGAGCUAUUAGCAAGAGAAAUGGCUGCAGGUAAUUACAUUGAUAGUGGAGAUAACAGUGGAUCUGAAAUGGGAAUAGGACUUGGUCAAUCAGAUUUUGACAGAAGAAAAAAGAAAAAGCAUGAACUAUUAGAAGAAGCCAUGAAAGCUAGCACACCAUUUGCAUUAUGGAAUGGCCCCACAGUUGUCGCUUGGCUAGAAUUAUGGGUUGGAAUGCCUGCCUGGUAUGUGGCAGCCUGUCGUGCCAACGUGAAAAGUGGGGCCAUCAUGUCAGCACUGUCUGACACAGAGAUACAGCGUGAGAUUGGCAUUAGCAAUCCACUUCAUCGCUUGAAGCUGAGGCUGGCCAUUCAAGAAAUGGUGUCACUAACCAGUCCUUCUGCUCCCAAAACAUCAAGAACUACAUUGGCAUUUGGUGACAUGAACCAUGAAUGGAUUGGCAAAGAUUGGCUGCCCACUCUAGGCCUGCCCCAGUACAGAAGCCACUUCAUGGAGUGUCUAGUAGAUGCACGCAUGCUUGAUCAUUUAACUAAAAAAGACCUCAGGGGACAAUUAAAGAUGGUGGAUAGUUUCCACAGAACAAGUUUACAAUAUGGCAUCAACUGUUUAAAAAAAAUUAAUUAUGAUAAAAAAGAAUUGGAGCGGAGAAGAGAGGAGAGUCAAAUAGAAGUGAAAGAUGUUUUAGUCUGGUCAAACGAGCGAGUAAUCAAAUGGGUGCAAGCCAUUAACUUGAGAGAAUAUGCAAUGAAUCUAAUGGAAUCUGGAGUCCACGGAGCUUUGAUAGCUUUAGAUGAAAGCUUUGAUCAUUGUAGUAUGGCAUUAGCACUGCAGAUACCCACACAAAACCAACAGGCUCGGCAAAUACUAGAACGUGAAUUUAACAACCUAUUAGCAAAAGGAACAGACAGAAGAUUAGAGGAAGGUGAGGGUGGAAAAUUCCGCAGAGCUCCAUCCUGGCGCAAGAAGUUCCGCAACAAGGACAGCAAGAGUGGGGAGGAAGGAGAGGCUACAGCUGCCGGAGCUGUGCCCAGCCCCCCAGACACAUACGCCCAGUCAUCCCCUCAACACUUGCGCAGACACACAGCCCUAGCCAACGCAGCAGCAGCUGUAGCGGCCGCGGCUGCGUCAGCUUCCACAGUGACUGCCACGGCUGCAACAUCAUCUCCUGUAGGCACCAGCCCUGCAGCCAACAUGCCACCCCCUGGGGCCACGCUGGUGGACAGUAGGAAGCCAGCGUCAAAUGAGAGGCACUGUUGAACACGUGGAUCAGGGAUGUCACUUGUUUGCCAAACCUAUUGGAAUAUUAUGUACUGCCCUCUGUCAGGUUCUCUCUCACUACAAGGGGACCAGUUGCAAGCAUGGCAUAAUCUUUGAGUGGGCUUAACUCCUCCUGUUUCUCAGAUCUUAGUUCAUCAAUGUCAUCCUCUGAUUCAUCUCACCUUGUCACAUUAGCAACUCUUUCUUCUACCUGUGUGUUGUAGCCGCCCCACAGUUUUGACAUUGUGUUUAGGAUUGACAUGAAAUUAUUUAUCUGUACAAAACUGUCCUACCAAACCAUUGUGAUUGUUUGAUUUGCUUUGUUUAAACCCCCUCCUGUUUCUCUUGUGAACAAGUGCAAUGUCACUGCAUGUGAUCACUUUUUGUUCCCAUUGUUUGAUUUGCGAUAUCUUUAUCCGUGAAUACCUCGUCAAGAUGUGGACCGUCUGUGUGUGAUAGCUUUUAGACAUUUUUUAUUAUAAAACAUUCAAGUUUUAACUGUGACUAGUGAAGAAAAAGUUAUCAAUUUUUACUUAUUUUAAAAAAAGAUGAGUUGUCUGUACAUGCCUGGAUUGAGAGAAAUUGUAUCAGUUGAGCUUUUCAAAACAUUCAAAUAUACAAGGACCAUGGUGUUUUUUAUAGUCUUAAAUGCUUUUUAAUUUUAUUUUUCAGUGUAAGAGUUUGUGUUUUUGGUUCUUCCAGAUUUUUUUAUCAAGUUGUAUUUUAAAACCAAUGAAUUGAGUUGCCUUUGCCAAAUUUGGUCUGUCAUAAUAGUGAGGCAAUGGUUAUUGUUUUAUCAGUGAUAUGACUUGUACAAACCAGCAUAAGACUAGGGCCUUGCUCUGUGCAAUCACCCCCAGCUCUCUGCUUGCUUGCCUGCUUGUUUUGUACUUGAUAUUCUAUGUGCUAGUCUGGGCUAGAGAGUGCUGGAAUAGGAAAUACUUCAAUUACAAAUGGCAAUUAUUUGAACAGACAGGGUGGUUUUAUUUUAUAUUCAAAGAUAUUUUAUAGCUAUCAGGUGUUCUACUGAAGUGGUGCGUAAUUUAAAAAACGUGUCCUCAUUUAUCUAGGCUAGUGAGAAAGACAUGGCAUUAGUUGAUGUAGGAAUAAGCUGUCUGCUAGUUUGUGUUGUCUGCUCUAUGUACAGCAUCAUUUUCUUCAUUACAACCAGUAUUUGCAUUUAUUCAUUUCUAUCCAGCCAUCUGCUACAGUUGUUAGUUUUUAAACUACAAGUUGUGGAAGACAGCCACCUAAUGCUGGUAGAUUAAACUGUGGGCAGAUGGGGAUUUUGUAAAUGAACACUACAUUGAACUUAAUGUGGCCCACAGUUUUUGUGUCCAAACCUGGUAACAGUCAACAAUUUGUUGUUAUAGUAGGAAACAACUCUGUUCCCCCUGACCAAUUCAUUUGUUGGUGCUCCAGGGUGUUCAGGCCUACAUUGGUAGCAGUUAGGUGGAUGACUUGUGAUUAGCAUUUGUUUUUCUAACAAAUUAUUCAAUUCUACAAGUUUUAGUUUGUGUUAGUGAUCUACAAACUGUUCAGUUCUAUAGGUUUUAGCUCAUUUUACUUGUUGUUAGUGAUCUACAUUGAGCCAAGUGGAAUUAAAAUUGUUAGUUGACAUCACUCUCAUCCCCCAAAAUUUACAAUAAAGUACUGGUGAGCUUUUUGUUUUAACUAAUGAGAGAGGUACAUACUGUAAGCUGUUAAAUUUCUUCUUCACACCCGCCCAUGACUCCUAUAAAAAUAAAUUUAGACCACCAUUGGGACAUGAUCAUUUUUGACAACUACUUUGAUCAUUGCCAACUUGAAUAGGCUCCCAUCUUUACAUGCCAAUAAGACAGCUGUUUAAACAAGAAUGUGAAGGAGACAGAGGCUGCAACUAGUUAGUACUGCUACAGCAUUGAAUAUCUACCAGUAAACAUCAUUCUUAUGUCUCUUAUGUUUUAAAGCGCCCCCAUCAACAUAACAAAUGUACAAACUGGAAAUAGCAGCUAAGUUUUAAUUGGCACAGUGCUCUUGCAUUCAUGUCAUCUAAUCGUUUGGUUUUUUUACUGCUAAAUAUCACUUAGAGGUUACAAAGUUAACACUGCUUCACUUGUAUUGCCUGAUUUUGUUACCAGUGAUUUUAUUUGUUUAUAAACUAGAGAACAACCACCUGAAAGCUUUAAACAUUUUGACUUGUACAUACAAAGACUAUAAAAGCAUGCGUGUAAUGAUUGUGUCUACAACUCCUAAGUGACCCGCCAUGAUUGUAGGGACAGUGCAAUAGCACCUUAAGAGGUUGUGUCUGGUUCACAUCGUCAUUUUAUUCCUAGUUAUUUAACCUCAAGUAGUUUCAAAUAAUAAACAAUUAUAUUUUUUUGUUCUACUUGUUUUUACCUGCACGUACUGUAUCAUUUGUAAUAUUUUUUAAAGUUUAUUUUUUAUAUAAAUUAAAAAAAGGUCUGCUUUGUAUAUGCUCCAUAUGUUGAUCACUGCAGCAAUUUCUUAUUUUAAAUUUAAGACAAAAGUUUAAACAUAAAGUUUCACUAAAGUGUAUAUAGUUUCUACAUAAUGUUGUAAUUAUUGAUUAGUAAUCGCCCUUUUUUUUAACAUUUAGCAUUCAAAUUCUUCAGUUUAAAAAAAUUCAGUGCAAGGACAUAUGUUGCGCUAAGUUUGAUUUAAUUCUUUUUACAGUUUUUGGUUUAAAAAAAUGAUAUGCAUUCAAAAGAAUCUCAGUAUCAAACACUUGUGGCAUUGUUCAUAAACAAGUAGCUACACACUUUUUUAUUUAAUAUAGCUGAAUAAUUCUCCUUUUUAUUCCUUACACUUUAUUGUAAACAAAAUCAUAGCAGGGUAAUAAAAAAUAUCCUACCAUUUUUAAAAAUGUACAAUGAUUUCCCAACUGCUGUUCUUGAUUAUUUUGUGGUACAUGUAUUGUUUUAUUUAUACAUAAUAGAUAGUAACUAUAAAAAAAAUAAUCAUAUCAAAGAUUUAUUACUUAGUUGUUUUUGUCUCCCAUCUGCUUAAAAAAAUUCCAUUGCUUGGGUGUUAUGUAAUCCAUUAUUUCUUAUGUUACUUGUUAGUCUUGAAACUCAAAUAUUUUACCUACAGUAGACUGGAUAAAAAUAGUCAUGUUUAUUAUCAUCAAAAAUAUGUCACCAUAUUCUAUGAAUGUAUUUUAUGAAUAUUAUACUAGAUCUAGUGUGAAUGGUGUUUGUUUUGCUUCAUUCUCUUAUUGAAACUUUAGUUUCAUAAUUCAGUUAUAAUAUAGUGCUAAGAUAUUUUUUAUUUUUGGCAAGCAUGGUGAAAGCUCAUCAGUAUUAUAAUGGAAACAGUUUUUAAACAGGUAUUUUAACAAAGCUUAAUUGGAAUAGCAUUUUGUGACCCUCUUCAGUUCUCUCCACAGUGAAAUUCAUUUUUUAAAAUGGAGCACUUGAUUGGUCUUAAAAAUGUCAAUGUUUUAACCAAGAAAGAUAACUCAUGAGGUUAGACUUAUCAUCAUGUCCUCACAAAAGUUUUCCCCUCUGUAGCUGUGGUCUAAUGCUACUCUGUAUGUCUGAACGCUGAGCAUUUCUAUUCAUUGUUAGUUGAUCUGUGCUGCCAUUUUUUUUGUCUUUUUCAAAAUAGACCAAGUGUUAGUCCACCUUAGAUCUUUUGUAAUUUUUAAAAGUUUUUCUGUGGAAGAAUUGAGUAGAACAAACAGGAGCUACUUUUUACGUCAAUUUUCAUCAUGUGUUCAGCUCAAAGCAUCACCAAACACCUACAAUUUUUUUUUACACACUACAACUUUAUGACUAGAAAAGUUUCAUCAGUUAUUAAAAAUAAAUUUUAAAAUAUACAAAAUUCAGCAAGGACUGCAUGUUAUGUUUUUCUUUAAAAAAAAAAAAAACUUUUUCAAACACCUGCUAUAGUUAAAUGUAGAAUGCUAUUUCUUGAUAAAUCCAAUGUGCUCUAUCACUUAAAACCACAAAAUGCUAUCUGCUUACAAAUACUAUGUCUCUUAGUUGACAUUAUCUGUUAAGACAAUUUAUACAUUUUUUCAUUAUACAUCAAGGUUUUAAAAUGUGUUAUAUAUAUAUUGCUACUUUAGGAAACUUGUUAAGAGAAAUUGCCCAUGAAAACUUCCAUUUAAAGCAUUAGUUAAAUAGCCUCAUUAUUCUUUAAGAAUGUUUUAAGCCUCAUUAUUCUUCUAGAAUGUGUCAAACCUCAAUUCAAAUAAUAAAGUAAACUUCUGUCCAAGGGACAGCCCAUUGAUACAUUGUAUAAAAUCAUUUUCUCUUGCUUUCUGUUUGUUUACUGUUGCUCUUUAUGUAUUGAUAUCAAAAUUUUGUGAUUUUAGCUGAAAUAUGGUUCACUUACUCUGCAUGCUGUUUUCUUAAGAUAGUAGGAGCACACUCGCUGCAUAGCCUCUACAUUAGAGUUCUUUUUGCCAGUUCUUUUUUGUAUGUUCUACAGCCACUAUCAUGCCUGAAUGAUUUGUUAUUUUAUUAGUUUGUCCGUACAUUUAUUUAUGAUAUUUUAUGAAUGUGUUGAGAUUAAUUAUAUACGGUGUUGUAGCUGAAUACAAGCAAAUUUUUUAAGUAAAAAUAAAAAGAUGCAACAUGAUGUUUCUGUGACUAAACU